UGCAAUGAAAGAAUUUACUCGAAUUUAGUUCUCUUUUACAAAAUUUCGGUUCCUUCUUCUUACUAUUUCAAUGGAGGUCACUGAACAGUUAGUUCCUCAGCAAUAUAACAGUGAUAAAGAGAAAUCUGCUGAAGUGACUUUUAUUAGGUCAAGGAAGUCAACUAAAAUAGCUAUGGAGAAAUUAAAGGGAAUUAAUCAGCAAUUGGAUGAAUGGGAUGAAGAAGACAGAAAUAUAGGUAGAAAAAGAAGGGGUAAAAAUGAGAAAAUUGGGAGUAAAAAAAAGUGUAAAAACCAGAAGCUUGAGGGAGAAGAAAUAGUGGAAGCUGGAUCAGAUUCUGGAAGAUAUUCUAUGCGACAAAUGAAAUCAAAUCCCAGAAACAGAAAGAGGAAGGAUGAAAAUGGGAAUGAGUUUGAAUCAAAUAUGUGUCAUCAGUGCCAGAGGAAUGACAAAGGAAGGGUUGUUCGUUGCACCAACUGUAGAACAAAGCGAUAUUGUGUUCCUUGCAUGACCAGAUGGUACCCUGGGAUGCCUGAGGAGGCUUUUGUCGAGUCUUGUCCUGUUUGUUGUCAAAUCUGUAAUUGCAAAGCAUGCUUACGCCUAGACGGGCCUAUAAGGGCUUUGAAGAACUUAGGAUUUGAGAUCAGUGAAGAAGAAAAGGUUCAAUAUUCUAAAUUUAUCUUGCAAAAACUUUUGCCUCUCUUGAGAAGAAUCAAUACAGAGCAAGUGAUGGAGAUGGAGGUUGAAGCUAAGAUUCAAGGAUUACCAGUGUCAAAUCUAAAGCUGCAGAAGGAAAAGUGUCAUAGGAAUGAGCGAGUGUACUGCGAUAACUGCCAAACAUCCAUUGUUGAUUUUCACAGAAAUUGUUCCAGCUGUUCGUAUGAUCUUUGCCUUACUUGUUGCCGGGAGCUUAGAGAUGGUCAUCUUAAGGGAGGUGAAGAAGUCAUCAUUGAAUUCACAGACAAAGGUUAUGCUUAUUUGCAUGGUGAUAUGACAGCUAAUAAUAGAACUUCAAGGAGUAGAUUUUCCAAGAACAAGGUUGACAAUAAUCCCGUGGGAGAUGCCGAGUUUGCAUAUGAAAUGGAGCCUAGGGAUAAUGGAGGGCUUCCGCCAGAGAAUUCUGGUGGUCGUGCUGGUGAAUGGAAAUCCAAUGUAGAUAGCAGCAUCCCUUGUCCACCAGAGAAUUUUGGUGGCUGUGGUAAGGGAAGUUUAGAGCUGAAGUGCCUGCUGUCAAAUUCAAAGAAUCCGGUCUCUGAGUUGUUGGCAAAGGCUGAAUAUAUUGCCAAAAGAUGUGAAUUGGAACACAUGCCUCAAAUACCUCAGGGGUCAUGCUUAUGUAUAAAAUUAGUUGAUGAAACUGAUGUGCAGAAAAGUAAAUUGCGUAAAGCAGCAUCACGUGACGAUUCAGAUGACAAUUAUUUAUACUGUCCAGCAGCUAAAGAUCUUCAGCAGGAGGAUCUGAAGCAUUUCCAGUGCCAUUGGCUGAAAGGUGAGCCUGUGAUUGUUAGUAAUGUGCAUGAAACUGCGUCAGGGUUAAGCUGGGAGCCCAUGGUUAUGUGGCGAGCGUGUCGCCAGAUGAAGAACUUAAAACAUCCCAUUCUUUUGGAUGUCAGCGCCAUCAACUCAUUGGAUUGGUGUGAGCUGGAGAUAAAUAUUCACCAGUUUUUCAAAGGAUAUAUGGAGGGUCGCUUUGACAGUUUUGGGUGGCCUCAACUCUUAAAGUUGAAUGACUGGCCACCAUCAGGUCUAUUUGAUGAGCGGCUGCCGCGUCAUGGUGCAGAAUUUUGUAGCUGUUUACCUUUUAAGGAGUAUACACAUCCUCAACAUGGCUAUCUCAAUCUUGCUCUAAAACUUCCUGAUAAUUGUUUGAAGCCAGAUUUGGGGCCUAAGGCAUACAUUGCGUAUGGUUUUCCUAAGGAGCUUGGACGCGGAGACUCAGUCACCAAGCUGCACUAUUAUGUGUCUGAUACGGUGUUUUUGUUGAUGCACACUCAAGCUGCCGUGCCAGCAGCUGAUCAGCUCUCGGCCAUAGAGAACCUGAAACAGAAGCACAAAGCACAGGAUCAGAAGGAAUUUGCAACUGAUGCUUACAGGACUCAUGGGAGGAUUAAGGAUUGGGUCCCUAGUGUAAAUGGAAAAACUGUCUUGAAUGAGCUGAGCAUUUCUCAGGAGAAGCAGAACUGUGAUGGUUUGGAAGUGGAAAAAAGUAAUAAAGCUGAGAAAAAGAAGUAUAGCCAGCAAGGUGUAGAAGCAGAUUGUGAAACAAAUGGAGAGGCAGACCAAUUUCAAAAUAGAGAAGACGCAGACGGUGGUGCUCUAUGGGAUGUCUUUAGGCGGAAAGAUAUUCCUGAACUGGAGGAAUAUCUCAGGAAGCACUUUAGGGAAUUUCGGCACAUAUAUGGCUCACCCUUGCCGCAGGUUGUUCAUCCCAUUCAUGAUGAAACUUUCUACUUGAGCACAGAGCAUAAAAGGAGACUAAAGGAAGAAUAUGGCAUUGAACCAUGGACUUUUGUUCAAAAAUUAGGUGAAGCUAUUUUUAUUCCUGCUGGAUGCCCUCAUCAAAUCAGAAAUUUAAAGUCCUGCAUCAACGUUGCUGUUGAUUUUGUUUCACCUGAAAAUGUGAAUGAGUGCAUCCGUUUGACCGAGGAGUUUCGCCAGCUUCCCAGAAAUCAUGUUGCUAGGGAAGAUAAGUUGGAGGUAAAGAAAAUAAUUGUUCGUGCAGUGAGCCAAGCAGUGGAUCAUUUGGAGAAAACAACAUUAAGGCACACAGAAUCAGGCAUUGUUACCGGAUCAUCCUCAUCAAGUCUGAUCAGCGAAAGUAUAAAUGAUAUGCCAACACCAAGUAUGCGAAAAUCUUCCUCCGUUUUGGAAGAUCUAUCUGGCAAGAGUGCCAAAAGAGAAGAAUAUGUUGCUCCAACUGAGGAUGAGAAACCAAGAACUGCUAAAGUUAAUCUGUAUUCUCCACUUACAAAUUCUGUUCAUUUGUCUUCAGCAAGCAAGGCUCAAGAAAGCAUAUUUGUUCCUAGUCAAAAGUUAGAGCAGUCCAAUUUAGAGGAUGUGGAAUUCCACUCAGUUCAAUCAUUCACGAAGUCUUUGCCAGAGCAGUAUUCGAGCACACAAUCGGGCCAAUCUUCCUCCAUUUUGGAAGAUCUUUAUAGUGGAAAGACUACCAAAACAAAAGAAUAUGUUGUUCCAACUGAGGAUGAGAAACCAAGAACUGUUAAAGUUGAUCUAUAUUCUCCACUUCCAGAUUUUGUUUAUUUUUCUUCAGCAAACAAGGUUCCCAAAAGAGAGGAAUAUGUUUCUCUAAAUGAGCAUGAGAAGCCAAGAACUGCUGAAGUUCAUCUACAUUCUCCACUUCCAGAUUUUGUUCAUUUGUCUUCAGCAAACAAGGUUCCCAAAAGAGAGGAAUAUGUUGCUCUAAAUGAGGAUGAGAAGCCAAGAACUGCUGAAUUUAAUCUACAUUCUCCACUUCAAGAUUUUGCUCAUUUGUCUUCAGCAAACAAGGUUCCUAAAAGAGAAGAAUAUGCUGCUCCAAGUGAGGAUGAGAAACCAAGAACUGCUAAAUUUACUCCUCUUCCUGAUCUUGUUCAUUUGUCUUCAGCAGACAAGGCUCAAGAAAGCACAUCCGUUCCUUGUCAAAAGUUAAAGCAGUCCAAUUCAGAAGAGGUGGAAUUCCAUUCGGCUCGGUCAUUCUCGAAGUCUUUGCCAGAGCAGUAUUCCGGAACAGAAUCAGGUCUCUGGAGCAACAAUGAUUCAACCCGAACGCUUAAAAAAUUAAUAUUUGAUUGUUCAAUCAGACUGUCUUUAGAGGCAUUGGCUGACCCAGGGAACGAAGAAGAAAUGUGCGGUGCAAUUGCUGCUUUAAAUGAAGAUCCCUCAUCGUUUAGUGACAAGCAUGGCAAGCAAUUGGUAAAACUUAAGCAUGAAUUCCCUAUCAUGGUUAAGAAAUGGAGGGACUUGGCACAAGCUGAAUCAAGUUACCAGGAAUUCUUGACCAACUUUGAAAAGGAUAAGAAAAAACUGGAUGAUUGGAAUAGAUUAGAAGCAAAGUUGAUGGCGGAGUAUGUGAAAAAGGAGGAGCAAGCUAGAGAAUUGGAAGCAGCGCUUCAAACUAUAAAGACCAGGCAGAAACAAAUCAUGGACGAAAGACUAGAAGCCACCCGAGAGGCUCAACGCAUUGUCUUGUUAGCUCAAGAAAAAGUCAGCAAGAUCGAUAGAACCAAAAGUAAAUUGGCAACAACAAAGAUGGAAAUGGAUAGCUUGAGAAAAAAUUGGUCCAAUUUCCAGUCUUCAUUCCCUUAGUUAUUACAUUCAGUUCCUUCUAUAGUCACAAUUACAUUGUAGACUUUCUCUCGACUUUAUGCCUUCAGAUAGGCCUCUUUUGGUUCCUAGGACUAAAUAUGUUUUGGAAGGUGAAGUUAUAGUCCAUAUGUACAUAAUAUACAAGUAGCUGCUGCGGCAGAUUUUGGCUUUGACUUUGGCUUGCUGUUGGAUUACUCUCUUACAUGUACAUAAGAGAGUGAUUCAUUACAAGGAUCAACAUCAAAAUUACUAUCCAGUUAAUACUAGAAAUUUGGAAAACAGAGCCUACUGGCUACUUUACUCCCAUUCCUAAGCUCGAUUUCCCUCGAUUCUCUGGACAUGAUUUACUUAUAUGGUUGUAUAAGGUGAAUCAGAUUACUGAGUAGACAGAGGUGGAGCUAGGAUUUGAAGUUUAUUGUUCUGAAUUCAUCACCGAA